AUGGAAUCACCACUUAUAUAUGUUAUGAUUUUACUUUUGAAUGUGUUUGAAUUUUCAUCAGGAACUGUAUAUAAUAAACGUGAGAAGGAGAACCACUUUGCUUGUUCCAGUGAAGAGGUCUCCACAGACAAUCAAAUAAUCAAGUUGUUUCUGUCCAUGGACAGUUUGAAAGUCUACUGUUUCUUCCGAAGUAAAAACCAAGAUACUUCAAGGGCACUUUUGAGUGUAUUUACAUCAGGAGGCCUUGCUCCCAAACUGAUCAUCUCCAACAGUACAUACCAAGAUUACUUCCAGUUUAACUUAUCUCUGUUCAACAAUCGGGCUCUCUGGUUCAUUGAUAUUCCUAGAGAAAGCAUCACAGUAAACACAGACAUCGCAGCUGUAGAAGAAUGGAAAAUAAAGGUCACAAUGCAUGGAGGAUUAAACAUUUAUGAUACUGAAGGGACCCUACUGGAUCUUGUCCGAGAGCCUAUUCUGCAGUGGACUCUUGGAUCUGAAAUAAGUAAUUCACAGCUCCAAACAGUGUUUCCACAUGUGAUAGACAUCAAAGUGGCAAAGUGCCCCUGUGCCAAUGAUGUGGCAUUAUUUGGCUUUAUUUUGAACUCGACAUUUAAUGGAUUAACAAGAUACACUAAGAGUGGAAGAUUUUUGGAUAAUAUUUUCACAUUAUACUAUGAUCAUUUGGGAUUCAUACACAAACUGACUCCAGAACGCUUUGACACUGACACAUCGUCUUCAGGCUCUGGAACGUCUUCUACUGUUUUUGGAAUGCCACCUGAUUUGGGAUUUGAUACUGCACUAGCUCCACAGUAUCUCUCCCCCAAUGAAAUGAUUUUCUUUGCUUAUGUACCUCUGAAUGAAUCUAAAACCAAGAUAUACAAAAGGAAGUUCAAAAAUAUUCACGUUGGGAAAGUGAUAAACUACAGGAGAAAUGGAAUUGCUUAUAUCAAAAAAUUGCUAGUACAUACCAAUGGUCCUUUGGGAUUUCAAAGCUCGGUUAUUGCAGAAUUAAUAGAACCUUUUGGAGUAGAUAAAUUUGAUGAUAGUGCUUCUGUAGAUGGUGAUCUUACAAUUUCAUAUACUGGAAACACUUUCUACCACAUUGAAAUUACAUCACCAGGUUUAUAUGCACAAUUUUCAGGUGCAGAUAUAGAAAAGACUGUGGUGAGACCUGGCUACAGCAGCUUCAUGAUCACAGAAAUUAUAGAUAUAAAGAAUGUAUUAUCCAUGGCUACUAUGCCUGAUAAAAUAAAAUCACCUUUGAAAUUCCCAGAAAAAUCUUGGUUCUUAUUCAGCCUUGGCUCAACAAAAGGACGGAAUUGGACCAUAAAUUUAAAACCAUGUAAUUAUUGGGUUCAACAAGAUGAGCGUGAAAUUGUAUCCCUCAAUGCUGUGAAGUAUCUUGAUGUGGGCAACAAAGAGAAUUAUGAACUUAAGUUGAUCCCUAAUACAAGAGGUAUGAAACUACUUCAAGUCCCACCAGUCAUUGUGGCUGUUGGAAACCCAGCCUUACUGGAAGUUAAGAUGGAAGGCUAUUUUGAUGUCACUGAUAGUUACCAUGUGAAUGCUCAUGUAGCUAGCAAAUUUUUCCAUAAAGGUUCCACUUCACUAGCAGUGAUUAUGUGGGAAGGCUCAACUUCAUGCUCUGUAACUACAAUGCUGCCCAUCAUGAAGAGCAGUUGCAGCUACCUCAAGACUCUACACCACAUUCCUGGCAGACAAAUACCACCUGCAGACUGGAUUAGUGGAGUUCACAAGGACAGUCAGGGUUUCAAUAUGAUCAAAACUCUGCCGAUAAACUACAGACCUCCAUCCAAUAUGGGAAUUUCUAUUCCUCUCACAGAUAAUAUUUAUCAUGCAGACCCUAGCAAACCCAGACCAAGAAGUCUAUUUCACAAGUCAAAGGUAACAGGCAUAUUCAAGCAGUGUACUAAUGUUUCCAGUCGGGAAAUGUGCAACUGCACAGAACAUCAAAAGUUUUCACAUGCUGUUGCUUUCUCAGACUGCAAAGAAAAGGUUCAUCGUUUCAAGUUUCCAGUCACACAAUACCCAGUUGCUUUGGAAAUUUUCACUGAAAGCGAAAAAUUCUCUGUGGAACCUCCAUAUUUGGUUACCAUGACCGAAGUGAAUAUGAGGCAAAACUGGCAACUAAAACACAAUAUGCCAGAAAACGUUAAGAAAAUGAAGGAUUACUUAGAGCCAUUGCUUAAGACUCCAGUGUAUAAUCCUUUAGGUCUCAACAUAAGUAUAAUGGGAUCUGAGCUGUUUCACUUCAAGGUGUCUGUGGUUCCUGGGGUCAGCUUUUGUAACUUAGAAGAAGAAUUUCAGAUUUAUGUCGAUGAAGUACCAUUGCCUUUUCCAGGACAUAUACUAAUUGCUGUUGCAACAUCUGUAAUUCUAGGGGGAUUAUUUUUUGUAGCAUUUAUAUUCCGACUGCGUAACAUCCACCCAUUGAGAGCAUUCCAGAGAUAUGUUAGAGGAAAUAUUGCAAACCCAUCAACUAUGAGUAUCAGCUCAUAA